AUGGGAAGUUUCAAUACCAGUCUUGGGGACGGGUUCCUCUUGUUGGGCUUCUCGGAUUGGCCUCAACUGGAACCGCUCCUUUUUGUCUUUAUUUUCAUUUUCUACUCCCUGACUCUCUUUGGCAACACCACCAUCAUCGCCCUCUCGAUCCUGGACCCUCAGCUGCACACGCCCAUGUACUUCUUCCUCUGCCACCUCUCCUUCCUGGACCUCUGCUACACCACGUGUACCGUGCCGCAGCUUCUCAUCAACCUCCACGGGCUCGACAGGACCAUCAGCUACGGGAGGUGUGUGGCCCAGCUCUUCAUCACCCUCGCCCUGGGCUCCACGGAGUGUGUCCUUCUGGUGGUGAUGGCCUUCGAUCGCUACGCGGCCGUGUGCCGUCCGCUCCACUACACGACCAUCAUGCACCCCCAGCUCUGUCACGUCCUGGCCACCAUCUCCUGGCUGGGCGGCCUCGUGAAUUCUCUGAUUCAGAGCAGCCUCAUGAUGGCCAUGCCGCUCUGUGGGCUUCGUCUCAUGAACCACUUCUUCUGUGAGAUGCCUGCCUUUCUGAAGCUGGCCUGCGAGGAUAAGAACGGGACCGAGGCCAAGAUGUUCGUGGCCCGAGCCAUCAUCCUGAUUGUUCCCGCUGCGCUAAUCCUCGGCUCCUACGUCCACAUCGUUCAGGCAGUGUUGAGAGUCAAGUCGAUGACAGGCAGGAGGAAGGCCUUUGGGACUUGUGGCUCACACCUCCUCGUGGUUUCCCUCUUCUAUGGCUCCGCCAUCUACACGUACCUGCAACCCAAGAGUAGUUACUCGGAGAGCAAGGGAAAGUUCGCUGCCCUUUUUUAUACUAUUGUUUCUCCUAUGCUCAAUCCUGUGAUUUAUACACUAAGGAACAAGGAUGUGAAGGAGGCACUGCGGAAGUUGCUGGGAACUGGCAGAGCCUUGGGAUAG